AUGGCUUACCCUGUUAGCACCAGAUUUGGUGGUAUUCAGCUCAAUCUAGUCGGCAACUACCCCGAAUCCACCACUUACGCCAACGUUAACAAGACUCUGUUACCACCAAACUCAAUCGCUCUGGGCUAUGGCUUCAACCUGGUCAACCAGACUACGCUUACUUCAUACUACCUCGCCAACUUCAAGGUUCCCUUCCAGGUUAAAGAAGGACAGUGGUACUCUGUAUCUGCAAGAAUGUAUGACGGGAAUUACCUUGCUGUCUCAGUCAACGGGGCCAAGGUUUUCAAUGCCACCCUAGACAACUACUAUACUGGAACUCCNCCAGCCACUACAACAGGUUCUUUUGGUUUUGGCGGUUGGCAAGAUCAAGCUGGCUAUGUCAAGAAUGUCAAAGUUAUGGCGAGCAACGGCACUACCAUUUACACCAACGCCAUGACCGACGAUUCUAUCCUGCCCGAAUUCGGAGUACAGUCGAACACAGCUGACAUUUGUAUGGAUGGCGCCAAACGUGAUAGACUCGUCUGGCUUGGCGAUUUCUACCACACAGCUGCAAUAAUCAGUACCUCUACUAACCGCAAGGACUAUUCUGCAGGCACUCUCCAGACAUUCUUGGAUUGGCAGUUACCUUCUGGUCAGCUUCCUCUCAACACACCUAUUGGUUAUCCAGGAAAUGCAACCUUGACCUUUGCCGGUUUCGAUGAAGCNCGAGGAGGCUACUUCUAUUUCCUCGAGGAUUACCAUAUUCUCGGUCUGCUUGCGUUUGGCUCUCACAUGCGCUAUAACAACGAUAUCGAAUUUGCCAAGAAGAACUGGGCGCAAUGGAAACUCGCAGUACAGUAUCUCAUUGGCAAGAUUGAUAAGUCCACGGGUAUCGUGACUGUGGGCUUCGCCUUCUUUGGCGAUGGCGCUGGUCUGGCAGUCAACUCUGCUUCCGUACAAGCCUUCAAGGAACUAGCCGAUGUUGCCACGGCUGUUGGAGAUAGUACUUCAGCCCAGGCUUGGUCUGCAGUCGCCAGAAACUUGACUUCGACCAUCCAAGCCAAGUUCUGGCAGCCCAGUCUCGGCCACUUCAGCGACAAUCCUCAGAACAAGACCAAGCUCUCCGUCCAGGGGCUUUCUUUCGUCGUUACUUCAGGUGUUGCAUCGGCUUCCCAAGCGACUUCAUGCAUGAAUGCUUUGACUGCCUUGAAGCUGUCUCCCGGCUACAAGGACACAACCGACGUCUCAUCGAACGGUGUCGUCGACAUCUCGCCCAACACAAAUGGCUUCCUUCUUCCCGCACUUUUGCAGUCAAACCGCACAGCUGAAACAAAAUACCUCUUCGACAACCUCUGGGCUGCCAUGAUCAAAAACGACACUACACACAGCGGUGCGUCCUGGGAAUACGUGAACACAAAUCUGCAACCGGCGCUUUCUCGUUACACCAGUCUUUCGCACCCUUGGGGAGGAGCACCUACCUACAUUAUGACCGAAUACGUUGCUGGUAUCAGACCUGUAACCUUCGGAUACAAGACUUGGAUUAUCGCACCGGGCUACACGGGCUUUGAUCUCAAGUCUGCAAGUGCGCAAGUGACAACACCAUAUGGUGUGCUGAAGGUACAGUGGAGUGUGGCGAAUGGCAAGAUCAAUACAGUAGUCAAUGCACCGGCCGGCACCUCUGGUACUUUUGUUAUCAACAGGGCAUUGGCAAACUCGACAAAGGCCAACACGGUUGUGCAAAUCCAAGGCGGUGUCUUGCCUAAGAUUCUUUGUCUCGACCUGUGA